AUGAAGGUCUCGGCCGUCAUCCUGUCCCUCCUCACCGUCAGUGUCGCAUCAUCACGAUCUCUCUUCUCCGUCGGCGGCAAGCAAAGUGCCCUCAUCACCGACGCCGAGAACCCCGUCCCCGGCAAGAACCCGUUGAACUUCUGUGCCGACCCCAAGGACUACAUCCUCGACAUCGACUAUGUUGACCUCUCGCCCAACCCUCCAGUACCAGGCGAAAAGUUGACCAUCACCGCCAAAGGAACCUUCCACAAAGACAUUGAGCCUGGCGCCACCGUAUUCCUACAGGUCAAAUACGGCCUCAUCACCCUGAUCAAACAGGAAGCCGACCUGUGCGACAACUUGCCUCAGAUCGACAUGUCCUGCCCGAUCAAGGAGGGUGUCCUGACGAUCGAGAAAGAAGUCGACAUCCCUAAGCAGGUCCCUCCCGGAAAGUACACUGUUCUGGCCGACGUCAACACCGUCGAUAAGGAGAAGAUCACCUGCAUGGAGAGCACCGUGUUCUUCUCGAGACAGUAG